AUGUCAAUUCAAGCAUUAUUAAAUUCAUUGAAAGUAAUUAGUAAACGAUAUGGUGAAGAUAAUAUCGAUCGUUUACAUUACUUUCUAACUGCAAAUUUACUAGUAGCAGUAAGUACAAUAACAGCUUGGAAAAUGUUUGAUGGAAAAGCAAUCGAAUGUAUGCCACCGACAACUUUCCCUAAUUCAUGGGUUACGAUGAUGAUCGAAUCACUAAUUUCAAUGAUUCGGUAUUUGUCACCGAAAGAGGAUGAUGAUGCGACCGAUCGAUUGCAUUAUCUUUACAGUAGUAAUAUACUACUUGCAUUUGCUGUUUUAAUAAGUUUCAAGCAAUUUGGUGGUCGACCACUGGAAUGCAUGUUUCCUAACAAAUUUCCUGGAUCAUGGGAACAAUAUGCAGAAAAUUACUGCUGGUCACGUGAUACAUAUUACGUGCAACCGGAUGUUCACGUAGCAACAAUAAGACAGGAAGAAAGAUAUAUACCGGAAAGACAGUUAUCAUACUAUAAAUGGGUACCAUUUUUUUUACUUCUACAAGCUGCAUGUUUCCGAAUGCCAAGUAUAUUCUGGAAUUAUUUAUCAUUUAGCUCAGGAAUACGAAUUCAUGAAAUAGUGGAAAAAGCAAUGGAUCCAUCAAAUCUUGAUGAAAAUAUUAGAAGUCGAAAUAUUGAAACUUUAACACGUCAUAUGCAAAAUGCUUUGAAAUUUCAUCGACGAAUAUUAAAGCGUAAAAUUGAAGUUCAUAAACGAUUAAAAUUUUUAAAUGUUCGUUAUACGGCAUUUUUUAUAUCAUUAAUGUAUUUGGUUACUAAAACAUUAUAUCUUGCGAAUGCAAUUCUACAAUUAUGCAUACUUAACAAAUUUUUACGAACAGAUGGAUCUAGUUGGUAUGGUUUUGAUGUAAUAAGAGAUAUUGUAAAUGGUACCGAAUGGACAACAUCCGGUUAUUUUCCUCGUGUUUCAGUGUGUGAUUUUACGGUUCGACAAGUUGGUAAUAUUCAACGAUAUUCUGUUCAAUGUGUUUUGGUUAUAAAUAUGUUCAAUGAGAAAAUAUUUGUUUUCCUUUGGUUCUGGUAUUUAUUUCUUGUCCUUUGUACUAUUUUAUCAUUAAUUUAUUGGUUUAUCGUUCUAACUUGUCCAUGUUUUGGUCGUUGGUUUAUUUCACAAAGUUUGGAAUUAUCUGAAAUGAAAUUUGAUCCUGAUACUAAGACAAAAGAAGUGGAUCGUUUUGUGCGAAGUUAUUUAAGAUGCGAUGGUUUAUUUGUGUUACGAAUGGUUGAAAUUCAUGCUGGUGUACUAUUCGGCACCGAUCUAAUAUUAUCACUUUGGAAUGCAUUUUAUGAAGUUGAAGAAAAACUAUCUGAAAGUCGUGGAUCAAUUGAUGAUUAUAAGGAAAAUGCUAGUAAUUCAUUUCGAGCUGAUUUCAUACCAAAUGAUUUAAUCGUAAAAGAGAAAUUUAUCCGUUUACGGAAACCAAUAAAAGAAUUAAAAGUUCAUGCUGAGCAGAAUACAGUAUUACUACCACUAAUACCGGAAAAUCCACAAAACGGAGCAGCUGAUGAUAUAUGA